CUGUGGACUAACUGUAUGAGCUAAAGUAAGUCUCCCAAAACAUGAACUGACCUCAUAUCGUUUACAAACGACUAAUACGGUUCCAUGAGUCGAUAAGACGUGGAUUUGAGAGACUGUCAGUAUGGCAGAGGGCUUUUUAAUGGAGGUGUGCGUGGACUCGGUGGAGUCUGCUGUCAAUGCUGAACGAGGAGGUGCAGGUCGACUUGAGCUGUGUACUAGUCUUCUGGAGGGUGGACUCACCCCGAGUCUAGGUCUGCUACAUGUAGUGAAGCAAUAUGUCAAAAUUCCGAUCUAUGUAAUGAUACGGCCUCGUGGGGGUGACUUCCUAUAUUCCGACCUGGAAGUGGAGGUGAUGAGGAAGGACAUAGAGCUAAUGAAGAGCCAAGGAGCUGAUGGACUCGUUCUGGGUGCCUUGACAGAGGAUGGACGGGUGGAUGCAGAGCUCUGCAUGGAGUUACUGGCUGCUGCUCGUCCUUUGCCUGUCACCUUCCAUCGAGCUUUUGACAUGGUUCAUGACCCGGCAGUAGCUCUGGAGACUCUGAUAUCAUUAGGGUUCGAGCGUGUGUUGACUAGUGGCUGUGACAGCUCUGCUUUGGAGGGACUGCCUCUCAUUAAACGACUUGUUGAUCAAGCUAAAGGCAGAAUUAUCAUAAUGCCAGGGGGAGGUAUCACAGAAAGGAACCUGCAGAGAAUAUUGGAGGGGUCAGGGGCGCAAGAGUUUCACUGCUCAGCCCGCUCCAGCCGGGACUCUGCAAUGAAGUUCAGGAACACCUGCAUCUCAAUGGGAGCUUCUUUCUCAGCACCUGAGUAUGGCCUGAAGGUGGCAGAUGUGAGCAAAGUCCGAACUCUAAAUGCAAUAGCCAAAAAUACCUUGUGACUGAGUAUUUGGCAGUCCUAAUAGACUGAAAAAACUUUACCUCAGUGGUAAUCAUGAGUAAUUAUACUGAUGUAUAAUGAUUUAAUACCACAUAUAGAUCUCAUAAUUGCCAGAAUUUUUUUUUUCCUUUUAAAAAUAUCAUCAGUGAAUCAGUCCUUGUGAAGUUAGAGCUCAUAGACAGCAACUAUAUUGGCUCUGCAGUCACUAUUGCCUGUUAAUGUAGACAACGGUGAAUAAUUUGAAUGAAUUGAUUGUGUUACUGUACAUCUGUGUGUAUGGGGAUACUACUGUAGCUUUAACAGUGUGUAUGGAGAAUUAUUUGUGUCUGGAUGUGCAGUCUGAUUUAUUAGAUUUGUAAAACAGGUGUACUGAGUUAAUAUUCAAAACAUAAAAUACAUAUGUACACAAAUCUGUAAAUGUUUACUUUUCUUUUGUUUGUAUUUUUUUUAAUGGAUGUGUAAAAGCUCAGGUUAAAAAGGCGCUUAGGUAUGAGGAGUGUAGCAAACAGUAAAAAAAACUGAAAAAAGUUUAUAGUUCUUAAAAUUUUCAUUUUUUUUUAGUCUACAUACUUAAUAUUGAGCGCAGUCUUUUUGCAGAACUCUUCGCUAUAAUUGCAUUUACACAUUUGUAUUGAUGUUCGUGGAUUUCUGUGUGCAUAAACUUUGUUUUUUUUUUCUUUACACAUUCAUAAAUCUCAGCUCAUGUACGUUGGCAGAUUUUUAUAUGCAUUCAUAAAUCAGACUAAAAGUCCAGGUUACAUAGAUUCACAAUUUUUCUGCACACACUGGCAAAAUGACAGUGCUACAGUAAUACCCCCAUGUAUGCGUGGCCUUAGAAUACUAAUGAAAAAUAGCAGUUUUUAAAACAGCAUUUUUCCACAUGCAAAAUAAGAUUCAUUUACAUAACUCUCUGAAUCUCUCUGUUUACAGUGAUUUAUGCAAAAUUGUGACUUUUUUUUUUUUUUAAACAAAACCAAUGUUACUUUAUUACUUU